GGAGACCUACUCACCGAAGCAGCAGACACGGAGCUGUCCUCUGAGCAGGGGGUCCGCAUCCGCGAGGGGCCCUGAGCUCCCAGCCCGCAGCCUUUCGAGUUGAGAGAGUUGAGCGCAGGCCCAGAACCUGCAGCCCCGUCUGUAUACCCGUCGGUGUCAGGAGGAGGGAUGCGGGAGGGGAGGAGGAGCAGGACUGCUGGUCGGAGGAGAAGAGAAAAAAUACGGAGAAGGGAAUUUUGAGAGAGAAGGGCUAGAGGCGAGGGAGCUGGAGGCUGGGACACCGGAGUCCAGGGUGGGGUGGGGGUAGGCGUGUAAGAAGAGAGAAAACAGACGGCAGGGUGAAUAAGGGCGAAGUGAGGACGCAGACGUGCCCUCCGAGAGCCAAGGAACAGCGGGGCGUCGAGGGGGCCCUCGGGUGGGCACGGCGGAGAACCGGCCGCUGGAUCCAGCCCUUGCAAGCCUCUCCGGCCGCCCAAGUUGGCAGGGGGCGAGGCCGUCGCCGCCCAGGUCAUUUUAGAAAAGCAGUAGAUGUGUUCUAUCAAGACCAGGUCACAGGCCGGGAUUCACGGUCAAAGUCACUCGUGCCGGGCCAUUCCCAGCGAAACCUGUUUGGCUUCUGUUCUCCGUAGCAUGCCACGCGCGGGAGGACCUGGCGGAGCCUGGCCGGGGGAGGCCGCUGCCAGUCGGACAGGGGGCUGGAGUCCGGCUCCCGCUCCCGGGCCAGGUAACCACGGGCGGCGCCCGCCUCCAGGCCAGCGGCACCUGCACCGGGAGCGGGCGGGCCGAGAGGCGGCCCCGGGGCGGCGGAGCGCGGAUUCCGAGAGGGACCUGGGAGACGGAGGGGCGGGCCGGGGGCGGGCGCGGGGAAGCAGCGCUCCCUCCCGCCUCCCCUGCCGGCAGGUCGGAGCGAGGACGCGGCGGCCGGGGACGCAGGGAGGGGACCCGCGCCGAGAAGGAGGGAGGGGCCGCGCCGCCUUCAAGAGUCAUUGGAGGACGCGGCCACCCGAAGCUGAUAAAUAAGGGGCCGGGCCGCGGCUGCCGGCCAAGUUGGACGCCCCGACCGGUGCGAGGGCCAGGUCAGCGCCGGCCCGACGACGCGAAGCGAGGCGACCCCCGCGCGGCCAUGGCCUCGCUCCUGGGAGCUUACCCGUGGCCCGAGGGGCUCGAGUGUCCGGCCCUGGACGCCGAGCUGUCCGACGGGCUGUCGCCGCCGGCCGCCCCCCGCCCGCCAGGGGACAAGGGCUCCGAGAGCCGUAUCCGGCGGCCCAUGAACGCCUUCAUGGUGUGGGCCAAGGACGAGAGGAAACGUCUGGCGGUGCAGAACCCGGACCUGCACAACGCCGAGCUCAGCAAGAUGCUGGGAAAGUCGUGGAAGGCGCUGACGCUGUCCCAGAAGAGGCCCUACGUGGACGAGGCAGAGCGGCUGCGCCUGCAGCACAUGCAGGACUACCCCAACUACAAGUACCGGCCUCGCAGGAAGAAGCAGGCCAAGCGCCUGUGCAAGCGCGUGGACCCCGGCUUCCUGCUCAGCUCGCUCUCCCGCGACCAGAACACGCUGCCGGAGAAGCGGGGCGGCGGCCGGGGGGCGCCGGGGGAGAAGGAGGACAGGGGUGAGUACUCCCCGGGCGCCGCGCUGCCCGGCCUGCGGGGCUGCUUCCACAAGGGCCCGGCCGGCGGCGGCGGCGGCAGCACCCCGGGCAGCGUGGACGCCUAUCCUUACGGGCUGCCCACCCCGCCGGAGAUGUCGCCCCUUGACGUGCUGGAGCCGGAGCAGACCUUCUUCUCCUCCCCCUGCCAGGAGGAGCAUGCGCACUCCCGCUGCAUCCCCCACCUUCCCGGGCCCCCCUACUCCCCGGAGUACGCCCCCAGCCCCCUCCACUGCGGCCACCCCCUGGGCUCCUUGGCCCUCGGCCAGUCCUCGGGCGUCUCUAUGAUGUCCACCGUGCCUGGCUGUCCCCCGUCUCCUGCGUAUUACUCCCCUGCCGCCUACCCUCCUCUCCACUCCAACCUCCACGCCCACCUGGGCCAGCUCUCCCCGCCUCCCGAGCACCCUGGCUUCGACGCCCUGGAUCAGCUGAGCCAGGUGGAACUACUGGGGGACAUGGAUCGCAAUGAGUUCGACCAGUACUUGAACACUCCUGGCCACCCAGACUCUGCCGCCGGGACCGGGGCCCUCAGCGGACAGGGCCCGGUCUCUCAGGUGACACCGACGGGCCCCACGGAGACCAGUCUCAUCUCCGUGCUGGCUGAUGCCACGGCCACGUACUACAACAGCUACAGCGUGUCAUAGAGUCCGGGGCAGCCCGGCCGGCCGGCCUCGCCGCCGCCUCUCCUUCCCUUGCCGAGCGGAGCAGAUGCGCAGCGCCCCGGGGUGAGCAGAUCUGCACUGCCGACCCGCUCUGCAGAUCCAGGGCCCCUCCGCCCGCCCCCUUACCCCCCGCCCCGCCCCCUGCAGCCUGCGUUUUGAGUAUAUUCCUUCAAAUGAGUUUUCACUGGCUACACCCUGGGAAUCAGGCCGGGUCGUUGCUGAAAGACAGUGUUUUCCGAUAGAAUUUUCAUUGACCUCUCCUCCCAGUCCUCAUCCCGGAAACAAAUUCGGGAAAAGCCCAGCAGCAUUCGCACCUCCCCUGCUUCUGACACGGCCGCAGGGGUACAGCCUUCCUGACUUUGGUCGUCCAGGUAAGGAGGGCCCUGGGGCCAAGGUUUAGGGCACCCGGCAUCCAAACCCAAUUCUGCCUCAGGGGUCUGGUGAAACCAAACUCCCCUCCCCUCAUCUUCCAGCCCAUCUCCCCAUCUGUAGAGUGAGGGACAGACUCUGCACCUAAGGUCCCCUCUGCUCCAGGGUUUUCUGAUUUAGGAUUCUCUCCAGGCUAACAAAGGAAGAUGAAGUGGCCUUCCUGAUCUCAUUCACGUGCAAGCUGGUGCUGAUUCCGUGCACAGCCCAAGGAUACCAGGCUGCUGCACUUGGUCACAGUCUCCCAAUAUGAUCAUAGUCUUCCAAAAGGAUGCUUUGAGAAAAAACACUCAUCUUGAUUUGGGAAAUUAAUUCCUGGGGUUAACUGCAUCACUGAAAAUGAGAUUGAAUUCAAGCUGGGUUUUUUUUAACUUUUUUUUUAAAAGACAAGUUCUUUUUUAUUAACACACAUUUCAAGAGAAUAUACACAGCCUGAAUAUAUACAGUGUGAGACACACACAACACACACAUCUCCAUGCACAGCGUAAAUCAGAUACUCUUUGCUGACCUUGGCAACUUCUCGUCAACCCUCUGUUCCUAACGACCCAAAAAGCAGGGAACCCAGAAAAGAAUUUCAGCACAGUAGUAUCACUUUCUUCCGAUCUGAAUGUGUUGAUUUCUUGAGCAAAAUUUCACCACUCCCUCCCCUCCGCAGAUGCAGAGGGAUCUUCCUUCCCGAUGGAAUUUCCUUUUUCUCUUUUCUGCUCUUUCUCCACCCCUGAAUUGGCCACUAAUUCAAAGAGCUCUUGUUCUAAAAAUCCCAGACCUGAUUCCUAUGGCAGAAAUGGGAAUUUGUUCUCACCAGCCAGCUGAUUCUUCAGGUAACAUCUUCAGCCAACACAUCAAAGCAACUUCCCUUUAUUAUACUUACUUCCUAAAGAACAGAAGUGCACUGUGAUUCAGAAAAUAUUUCUGAGCCCUGACCCCAUCCCAAAAACAUUUCCAUCAUUCUCCCAAGCCUCCUUUGAAGGAACAUACCAUCAGUGAGCUAAAAGACUAUUGUUUGUCUUUUGAUUUCAACAUAUUAUUGCCUGUAUGAAAUAUGUGUUUUAUAUAUUCUCUUAUUAUUUUCACCUUAUAUUUUGUAUUGUUGAAAGAUCCUUUUUUUUCCUUCCAAGGAGUCCUCUUGUAAAAUCACUUAAGAUAUGAUUAAUCUUUAUGCUAUUACUGUAUAUGACAUUUGGUAAUAAAUAGUAAAUCAUGGACAAUAUGAUUGGUGCAGUCCAGAAUGUAUAUUAAUAAUCUUAUAAAACAUUAUCACAGACAUUAAGCUAAACUGUUCCAUUUUCUGUAAGAGCUACACAUGCUUUGGAAUGGUUGUAGAUAUUGAUUUGUCUAAAAUAUUUAAUUUAAAUAAACGUUUUUGUA